UAAAGCGGCGAUCAGAGGAAAAUUGGUGCUACGACUUAGAAAACAGAGAAAGAGCAGGCAAAUAUUUGAGAUUACACAGUCUCCGUGUGAAUUAAUUUGUUAUUUGGACCCGUGUUAUUGUGUUAAGUUACCCCAGUAUAGUGUGCGUUUACUGAAAUCUCUGCAACAACUCAGCCGGCUUUAGAUUUGAUACUCGCUGGGUGGGCAUUAUCCCCAUUCCCCAGCUAGUUAGCUAGCUAGCUAAAGGUGCUACGUUAGCUAGCUAGCUAACUAUCGGUAGCUGACGCCGCUCGGCCGUUAGCUGCCAGUUCUCCGCACAGCGAUCAAACCGAGUGACAGGAACAGAGACGUUCUCGGGAUAGAAGCUGUUUGUUCUGUGUCUUUAGUCAAUCAUGGAGAACGAUGCUUGUGUUGAGCCGAAGACUGGUGAUGCUGCUGUGGAUCAAGUAAAGCAACAGCCUGCAGCCACAGCUCCUUACAGAUACACUAAGGAGGAGCUUCUGGAAAUAAAAGAACUGCCAAUCUCCAAUGAAAGGCCAGAAUGUCUCUCUGAGAAAUAUGACAGUGAUGGUGUCUGGGACCCUGAGAAGUGGCAUGCCUCACUGUAUCCCACUUCAGAGCGUAGCUCUCCAGUUGAAGGUUUUAAGAAGGACUAUGUGGAUGACAGAGUCCCUCUGAAACGAAGAAUCCCAGAUCCUCGUGAGCGGUUAAAGGAGGAUGAUCUGGAUGUCAUACUGAGCCCACAGCGACGCAGCUUUGGAGGUGGAUGUCAAGGCAACGCUAUGCCUGCACCCCACGCCCGUCGCCCAAUCAGUCCCCUGGAAAAUAAGGAGAAUGAAAGUCUCCGUCUAGGAGGGGCACGCAGAAUCGGCAGUGGACGCAUAAUUGCUGCCCGAGCCUUUGAGAGAGAAGCCCGUGCGGAGAAAGAGAGGGAACGUGAGAGAGACUUUAAAGAUAAAAGAUUCAGGAGAGAUUUUGGUGACAAACGUGUGUUUAGUGAAAGGAGACGGAAUGACUCUUAUGCAGAGGAGGAGCCAGAGUGGUUCUCUGGGGGUCCCACAAGCCAGUCUGAGACAAUUGAACUCAUUGGAUUUGACGACAAAAUCCUGGAAGAUGAUAAACGCAAGUCCAAGCGGUCAAGGAAGCGGACAGAGUCUGUGAAAGAAGCAGUGGAAUGUAAUGGUGGACAAGCAGGAGAGCAAGAUGUGGGUUUGCAGUCUACAGCUGAUCAGGAGGUUCCUCACCCUGAUGUUCUGCCGGAACAGUCAACUGGAGACUUCGACUUCAAUGAAUUCUUCAAUCUGGAGAAGACAAUGCCAGGACUUGCUUCUAUGAUAGAGGACGUUUUGGGGGAGGUCCCUGUAUCGGCUAGCCGCUUCAGUCAGUGGUUCUCUAGUAACUUGAGCCCUUCAGGCAGCCGGUCCAGCAGUCUAAGGUCCACUCCUCACGAGGAGCUGGAAAAACUAGCAGGACUUGAACCACGCUGCACAUCCCCUAGCCAAGGGCCUGCCCCUUACUUCACACCUAUUCAGUCAUCGGAGUGCAAGGAGAAGGUGGACAUCCUGGAGCUCCUGCAGAAGGCCAAAAUAGACCUGAAGCCCCUUCUGUCCACCCUUUCAGUCAAUAAAGCUCGGCUACGGGAAAGCACUAACUCUGGAGUGGUGCUCUCGCUGGAGGAGGUGGAGGGAGAGAUGAAGGGGAUGAGGCUGGGCUCAGAACCACAUGUGCGAAAGGUUCCCCCUCCACAAAGAGGAAACGGCACGCCAUUCAUGGCUGAGCAUUUAGAGGAGGCUUUAACUGGUGGCUCCAGUGCCCGUCCACGCUCACGUGACACAGACAUGUCGGCCUUUAAUAAACUGGUCAGCAGCAUGAAGGCAAGUGGAACUCUGCCAACUCACCCCAAAACCAACACAAACAACCAAACUUCAGACCCAGCUGUGGUGACAUUGUCUGAAGCUCAGGUGCCUGCUCAGCAGCAAAAAAACAUUUUCCAGGAACUGUUAGGCGGUCCUGCUCGUAGUGGCUCCCCUACACUUCUCGGCAAUCUGUUGGGCAGCUCUGAGGGCCCAACAACCUCUGCUCCUCUUCAUGGCCUACUACACAAGGGCCCUUCACCCCCUCUCUUUCCGCAGAGGGCGCCCUCUCCUGACUACUUCAACAGUCGGCUGCAACCUUCAGCAGGUUUUCAUGUUGGUCCUCAGCCCAUGCUGCCAGAACAGUUUGCUGAUGUACACAGGUCAAUCAGCCCUGGAUCUGCUGCACAGCAACAGAUGAGGGCGCUCUCAAUACCAGUGACUCAGGCGGACCUGGAAGCCCUGGCAUUCCAACAGGACCUUGCUUUACAUGCCCAUCACUCAUUCCAGUCCGGCUACAACAAGCCACCACAGGACAAGUCUUUUCGAAAUCGACCGCAGCGUGUUAAUCGCUCCCCUGGUCCAGGCCCUCAGCCUGCUGGGAGAAACUCUCCAGGCAAUGCUGUCACCAGCAUGUUGUCCCCUUCAUUUACACCCACAUCUGUGAUCCGCAAAAUGUAUGCGACAAAAGAGAAAAGCAGGGAUGAACCACUGAGUCGUUCAGAAACCAAGGAGGAGGGAGCAGCACACACUCAAGAUGACAGCAGCUCCCCAAAUCUAUACCUGGAAGCAAUGGAUGGGAAUGCUGCCCAGUCUGGGGGAGUAAAGGCCAGCUCGCAGUCCAUGCCAAGCAAGGAUCAGGAGCGUGUCCUGCCUAGCUCCGCUGGACGCCAUACACCCACCAUGGCACCUCCAGGACCAUCCUCAUCUUUUCCUCGCCCAAUCUACCCGGUACCGCUGCUAUCCCAUGUACCUAUGGUGCGUCCUCCUCCCCAGCUCCACCCUAAUGUGGUUCAGCGAAUGCUGGCACAGGGUAUCCAGCCCCAGCAGCUUGGACCUGCUCUUGUGCAAGCUGGUAUAUUUCCUCCACACGUUGACCUUGCACAACUUCCAGGCUUGCCUCCUGCCCUGCUAGGACAACCGCUGUACCCUCUAACUGCAACAGGGCAUCCACUUCUACCUCCCAGAGCCAAUACGCAGAUGCAGUUAGCAGUAAUGCAGCAGCAACUUCAGCAACAGAGACCAAUACAUCCAAGUGUCCCAGGCACUCAGUCACAGAGUCAAGGAUCCCACCGAACAAACGGCUCCCAGCGACACGGGGGCAGCCCCCCUCUAGGCCUCGCCAAGUGGUUUGGAUCAGACGUGCUAGAACAGCCACUCCCCUCCAUGCCAGCCAAGGUCAUAAGUGUAGAUGAAUUGGAGUUCCGGCCAUAAGAAAAUAAACUGUGGAUAGCAAGGUUUUUUUUUUUGUUUUUUAUUUUAUUUUAUUUUUUUUUUGUUGUUUUUGGUGCCCAUCUCCAACUCCUCCAUUACAUUAAAUGUGAACUUUAAUUUGAAAGACAGCGCACAGAACUGGAUAGUCCAACCAUGCCAUGCUUUGUCUUCAACCUUGAAGUCACUGCUUUUGAAGAGGCAAAUUAUGGAGAUUUUUUUUUUUUUUUUUUUGUGGCUGAGUGAAAUUUUUUUUUUUUUU